GCGGCCAGUGGCGAGGCGCUGUCCGCACUUCCCGUCGGAGAGAGAGUGUAAUAUGGCGAAGACCUACGAUUACCUGUUCAAGCUGCUGCUGAUCGGGGACUCGGGGGUGGGGAAGACCUGUGUCCUGUUCCGCUUCUCCGAGGACGCCUUCAAUUCCACUUUCAUCUCCACAAUAGGAAUUGACUUUAAAAUUAGGACCAUAGAACUCGAUGGCAAGAGAAUUAAGCUACAGAUAUGGGACACAGCUGGCCAGGAGCGGUUUCGGACCAUCACAACAGCCUACUACAGGGGAGCAAUGGGCAUCAUGCUGGUCUACGACAUCACCAAUGAGAAGUCCUUUGACAACAUCCGGAACUGGAUCCGAAACAUCGAAGAGCAUGCCUCUGCAGAUGUCGAAAAGAUGAUCCUUGGGAACAAGUGUGAUGUGAAUGACAAAAGACAAGUUUCCAAGGAACGGGGAGAAAAGCUGGCCCUGGACUACGGGAUCAAAUUCAUGGAGACCAGUGCCAAGGCCAACAUCAAUGUGGAGAACGCAUUUUUCACUCUCGCCAGAGACAUCAAAGCAAAAAUGGACAAAAAAUUGGAAGGCAACAGCCCCCAGGGGAGCAACCAGGGAGUCAAAAUCACACCAGACCAACAGAAGAGGAGCAGCUUUUUCCGAUGUGUUCUUCUGUGAGGAACGCCGCCUUACUCUGAGCCUCGCUCAGCCGAGCUGACUGUGCCUGCCAUGAGUGCACCUGUCACUCAGCAGGGCCCUCCCCUCCCACGCCCCCUCCUCGCCGUGUCCAGGGGGCCCAUGGCCAGCAGAACACAAUUGAGAAAUUGUUUAUUUUAGUAACCGUCUGAUCUUUUUCAACUUUGGAGAUGGAAUAAGUUAAGAAUUUGCUAUUUUUCCUGUGACAUCUGCUGAACAGGCUCGCACAACAUGUAACUAGAGAGAAAGAUGGCGUCGGGGCAUGACCAUCAGCAGCAACCAGCAUGGCGGGCCUUGAUCCUCAUCUGCCUGCCACACAAAUAAAGCCCCACCAGGAAACCUGUCCACCUACCCCACAGCAGAGAGGCCCUUAGAGGCCAGCAGUGGUCCCAGGAGUGUCGACCUCCACACCCUGAGCAAGGCGACCCACGCCAGGCCCCCAAGUAUCUGCCAGACACAUCCCGCAUCCACUCACCUCAUUUUUGGAUAAGUGACCAAAACCAUUAUUUUUCCCCCUUUCUUCUUUUUCACAGUCAAGCCAAAGGGAAGCACAAAUUCAGAAAAUCCUGUGGAAAGCUUUCAGAAGGGACAGAGUUGGGGUGCGCUUUGCUGUUCACAUGCGGGGUUUGGUCUGUAGCCUCGCCUCCAUCUGAGCGCCAUGGGGAGCCUGUGCACGCCACACAGACUCUUCUACCCACAGUUGGGGCACCCACCUCUCAGACUCGAAAACGUUCCCACUCCUCUUUGCCCUCCCACUGUCUAAAUUGGACAUUCUUUAUAGCUGAGAUUUUUUAUUUUCCAGAUUGGUAGUCUUUGGUUUCCAGUGGCAGGCUGGGUGACUGGGGACACGCCACCCCUGGCUGGACAUGGCUGUCCUCACAGCUGCAGGGCUCAGGUCCAGACAUAAGUUGGUACCCAGCCACGGACUUACCUGAGAGCAGUCUGGGCUGGUUUUUAAAUGCCAUCCAGGUUCUGCGUGACAGUUCUGCCUCCGGAAGAGAGUGCAUUGGGACCACAUCACCAGGUUGGAUGGGCAUCACCAGGGAGACUUGUCUUUGUCUUUUUGUCCCCCACCCACUCAAGCCACUGUCAGUCCAAGCCAUUAACUUCAUAAUUUCUUCAUUUUUUUUUAAUUAAAGCCAAUGUACCAACCAUAGUCUGCUCUCCCUGGAAUCUGUAAUAUGCUCUGUUUACAUCGAUAAAUGCACUUAAGAGAAACAUUAAAGCUCAUUUUAAAGUUUACAGAUUU